AGUCAAGAGGAAAAAGGGAUUCAUAAAAGAACUCAUAAAAGGAUUCGGUCUUUCCUAUGGCUACACCUACACCUACAGCUACAUGAAUGUCAAUUCGUUCAUCCGUAAUAGUCCCUUAUUUUCUUCAGCUCUAUCCAAUUUUCCCCUUCUCUUGGGGCCAAACGCGCUGCAAGCACAAUAACACAAAGGUCAGACUUCGUGGCUUAUCCUAUGUAAACUGUUCUACAAUCAUUAACUAAGGCGUUUGACAUCACGUGGUUGACCUGAGCUGGUUUACACCUGCCAUACCCACGCCUACUUCUGGCCUUAGUUCCUCAUAAUAACGUUGGAGUUUAAUCUAAACGAACUGGAGAUGAAGCUUCUUGUGGUUGUUGUUGUGGCCUGGAUGGGUCUGGAGUGCUCAGCGGAUAUGCAGGUCAACAAGGAGACGACAGAAGGAGCUUCAAAGACGGUCGUUGACGAGCUAACGACACUUGGGCUAAAAUCGCUUGCGGGUUUCUUAGACAAAGCGAAGCUGACAGACGCCCUGAAGGGGAAGGGUCCCUUUACGGUGUUUGCGCCGACUGAAGAGGCCUUCAAACGGCUGUCUAAACCUGUCAUGGACGCCCUGAACAAAGGAACUGACACAGCCAAAGAUGUUCUACAGUACCAUGUCGUCAGCGGGCACACAAUCAUGUCCAAGGACCUGAAAAAUGACGAGAUUGUCGGCAUGUUGAACAUGAAGAACACGACCAUCAACGUUUACCAGCCAAUGAAUACGAAGAUUUACACCAUCAACGGCGUCGACAUCACAAAGCCUGAUAACAAGGCUGACAACGGAGUGGUCCAUGAAAUAAGCAGAGUGCUCUACCCAUUUCCCAAUGGUACAGUCGGUGACCUCAUCAAAUAUAGCGAAGCUCACAAAAUUCUGAGUGGGCUGCUGGACAAAGCCAAACUGAUGGCGACCCUACAGAGCACGACACAGAAGUUCACCUUGUUCGCGCCGACAGACGCCGCCUUCAAACUCGUCAACAUGACGGAACUCAACAAGCUGAACGAAACCGAGCUCACCAAGGUUCUUCUUCGCCACGUGCUUCCAGAUAUCUACUACCAACAGGCGUUCUAUGACAACGAGAGUAUCACGACUGCAUCUAAGGAGACCAUGGUUUUUAUUGUAGGGGUUGGUGGAGUCGUUGUUGUUGUUGACAUGAUAGAAGGCUACGUCAACAAUCCCAACCACGCAUGCACCAAUGGAGUUGUUCACGCCAUCGACCGUGUUCUAUGGAAGUGACGUCACAUCCGUUCUGAAGAAACGUCACAUCCACCGAAUUUGAUUCCACCUAGCUUGUCGCGUUCUGCAUGAUAGCAGUGAGGAGAAUUAUUGAUUAAAAACUUGCGCAUAACGGAAUACAAGAUCACUGAAUCGUGCAAUAUUACAUGUACAAAACAUAAAAAUGUAAUUUAAGCGUUUUACACAAUGCAAGAUAUCAUAAUGCAGUGCCAAUGAAAACUAACUAUAACUGCCACUGAAGCAUUAUGACCGUAGCAUGAUCAGAACAUAAGAUACCAAACACAAUAUAUUGUAGUUCCACUGCAGUACCAUGGAAGCCUGAUAGACGGUCCACUGCCCUUUGCUUUGUCGACAUUUACCCACAUAUCAAAUAUCUAAAGAGCCAUCCGCAAUUUCUUCGAUGAUGUUGUUCGUAAAAACACACAAACAGCGAAGGUAUUUAUGUGGCGCUAAUUUGAGCUAAUGGUAAUGCCACAAAAGCACUGUGAUCGGAAAUCUCAAGUAUUUGGCUAUGUCUAUUGAGUCCCCACUUCCACAUGCUAAGACCACAGACUUGAAGGCGCUAAAUCAACGUCUUCAGAUGAGACUUCGGUGCUCUGAAGCUCAAAAUGGGUAUGAAUUUUUCAUGCUGUGAAGUGAAAAGUUAUCCUGUUGAUGGCGCCAAUAGAUGUCUUUAGUGAAACCGCCAUUUGUUUUACUGUCUUUUAUCUGAUGGCCCUCAUAGGAGGCCGCUAGGCUACAGUUGCAGUGAGUGAUAGUUACUUUUAACGUUUGACAUGAUAUACGGAAACGCCAUUCUCAAACACUUGCAGUUUAUCUAUGUCUGCUAGGAGGCACUGUACGCUAUCAUGUCGGGGUCAAUGAAUGUAAAAUUGAAUGGUAUCAAAGCAUAAAUGUGUCUUUCAAUAUUUUGACUUACCUCAAAAACAGGGGUAUGAAUAAAUUUUUUUCCGGUGAGCAAACGCUGCCACAAGCUCAAGGUAAAC